UUCAGAUGAAUUCCCAGCUGGGCUCCCGAAAGAUUACUUUGUAAUAGAGUCAGAAAGCAGUGGAGCGUUCAAGAGAUUUGAUCUAGAGAGACUUGUGAAGGAAGGAAGAGUGGAGGGGGAGAGUGAAGCAGAGCAGAAGGGGUUGGGGGAUGAAAGUGAGAAGGUGGAGGUAAGGAUUUGGGGAUAGUUUAAUUAAAAUUUAAGUUUUGGGGUUUUGGAGGAAGUUUGAGGGGGUUUGGAGGGGUUUUGAGAGGUUUGUUUUGGAUUUUAGUCCAAGGGGUUGGUUAGGAGGAAUAAUUUGGGGUAUAGAAUGGGAGAGGUGGUAAUUAGCAUUAUUCUACUUUUCUGUUUUAAUUAACACAUUUAUUUUUAGAGUAUCGGAUUUGCAAAAUAUUCAGAUGGAAGUAGCGAAGCUCGGACUAGUGCUCUCGUAAAUUUAUAUAAAAACCUGAACACAAGAAUAAAAAAAUCUCCAUCUCAAGAUACCAAAAAUUUAAAACAUCUAAAAGACCACAAAAUGCUUCUAAAGCACCCAAAUAAGCCAAAAUCUACAUCUCGAACUCCAAGAACCCAACCCAAAAACUCACAAAAUUACAAACCAAAACCCAACACCAACCCUUACAAAAACACCCUCACUCAAACCCCAAAUCCAUCCAAUAAUCCCAAACCUGCCCUCAACUUCCCUCAAAAAACCCCUAAAUCCCCUUCAAAACCCACCAAAAUCCCCUUCCAGCCACCACCUAAAUCCCAAAAACAUUUUAACCCGAACAAAGACCUGAAACCUGCUAAAAGAGUUAAGCCAAUAAACGAAAAGAAGGAAACCCAAGGAGAUUCUACAGUGAGAAGACAGAUGAAGGGGAAGCAGGAGAUUGCUGUGAGAGAAGGUGAAACAAAGGAAGGCAGCAGGAAGGGAAUUAGGGAGAGAAAGUAUAGAAAGGGAUGAGCCAGAAGGAAUUUAAUUGGAAGAGUGUAUGAGAUGAAGAAGGCAGCGCAGAUAGAGCAUAACCGAAUCAGUUUGGGCAGGAGAAGUAGGGAUAAAGAGAAAGAUAAUGUUAAAGAGAAAUAUCAGGGGGGUUGUUGCAAAGGAAGUAUUAUAAAGAUCAAGCAAAUUGAGAGCUUAGAGAAAUAUCUUUCAAGUAAAAGAGAUUUCACACCAAAUGUCUUCCCUCAGAUGCCAAAAAUCGGGACUCUCAACUUCAUGCGAAAGUUUCGGAACAGUCAUUUCUCUCCUCAGCUUAAAUUCAAUGAGCUUAGUAAUGAUACAACACUAGAGAUAAACAAACUGAUGACUUGAAUACCAACUAAGCCAAAAGAAGCUCCAAUAGCUCAAAGAAAACCCCUGGCCAAAAAGUCAACUAAAAAUGGUGAAAACCACAACUCCAGUCUGAAUCUAAAAAGAAUGUACAGAAGACUUAAGAACAAAGUUGAUGUCAAAUGGGUCAAAUCUAACCAACAUUGGAAGGAACUAGAUGCUCCAAGAAUAAGACUCUUUUCUCAAGUAAGCCUAUUUGUGUAUCCCUUAGGAAGGAGAGAGGUCAAAGUAUAACAUAAAUAUGGUCAGGAAAGUUUACAGAAACUUGAAGUUAUAAGCAACUCUACUACUAAUCAUAGUCUCACCUCUGACAGGCAGAUUAUGAGACAAAGGAAAAAGAGAGGCUUUGCUUCUGUCAAACCUCGGCUAGACUUUGGCACCCAAGAUCCUUCACAUAUUCUAAGUGUCAAUGAUACUAUGUACACUGACCGCACUGGAAGAAAUUUAAGUGAACAGUAUAGAUAUUGAAAUACUAAAGAUAACUCUUUCGCAA